GAACUUUGUGUGCGUUCGGGUUGCCGUAAGAUUCCAAUCGCGACGCUCAAAUGCCCCCGACAACCCGAUAUAUAUGUUUACCACCUCCAAGGGGCAUUGUUGCUACCCAAUGUGUCGCUAUCCUUUCUGUAAACCACUGCCCUGAAGUAGCACUCAAUUUCACUCGUAGCCUUAAAUCGCGUCGGAAACUGACGAAAUAGGGUUCAAAUUCGAAGCGUCAACAUGGUGGAUUGGAAUAAUCCAGAGGUCGUGCGGACGUGUGCCAUUUACCUGCAACAAAGUUUCGUUUUCGUUUUCGCAAUCUAUCUAUGGGAAUAUUUGUUGACUUUUGCCAACGUCGAAGGUCGUAUCUUGACCAGGAAAAUGAGAUUCAGACCCGUUCUGAUACCGUAUUUGUUGGGCCGAUACGUGUGGUUGGCGAGUGUAAUCGCAAUGUGGGCUAUAUUGGCUCUGAAGCCCGGGCCUCCUGAACCCAAGUCCCAAACGGCCACAGAAGACCAGUCCGAACACCAUUGUUCACUGAUUUCAGCGUUGUUUUCCAUCGUGGCGUCCUUGUGUGUUGUCUGUGCCAGCACGAACCUUCUGAUUCGUACUGUGAUAAUAUGGCGAGGCAACCGAUACAUAGCCGGCUUCCUUGUUCUUGCGUGUGCUGGUCACUGGCUAACAUCCAUCGUCGCAGGUGCCUUAGAAGGACACAACUCGCAGAUUAACCCCGAUGUGCGCGUAUGUGAAUUCAGGCCAACAAGCGCUAUCGUAUUCUAUAUGUAUACAUUAGUUCUAGAUCUUGCUAUCCUUGCUUUGACGCUUUUUGGUCUCUGUCGGCGGCAUAUCUUGAACAGUGGGUCAUUGUGGGUGAAGAUAUAUAAGCAAGGCAUAUUUUAUUUUGUGGCGGCAUUCCUAGUAAACGUACCGAUGCUAGUGUUGGUUUUGCUUGAUCUCAAUCCCGUAAUGAAUGUUAUUUGCGCUGCACCCGGUGUGACUGUCAGUAUAAUCGCAUCUUCCCGAGCCGUAACGUCUCUCCUUUUAUCCGGUGAACCGCGUACAAUCCAUGCUACAAGCGACACCUCCUUGCCUAUACCUCGCGAACAGGCCAUCCUUGAGAAGGACGUGCCUUCGUCGCGCAACGGUCUCUUCAGCACCAAUAUCGAAUUAGCCGAGUGAGUACACGAGCUUGCGGUAAAUCGACGUACGGCGUUUGACACAGUGAAACGGAUAGCUUGGCUCUAAGUUCGGGCGAAGUCAGGGAUGACUUUGCACAUUCGCCAUAUCGCCAAUAAUGGCGGCUCGAUGCGCAUUUUCAAGCUGUAUCUUGAAUUGCGAUUCGCAAUAUACACUUUCUUGAGUACAUUUA